UAUUGAUAUAUUGAUCAAGGCGACAAGAUGAAGAUUGCUCUGUUGACCAUCGCCAUUCUCGUCGUGGUAAUCCCGUCAGUGAUUGCCGAUUACUCGAAUGUGUACCACUGGCAUAUCAAAUUCAAAGAUUUCCCCUGCGGUGUGCCCUCCUCCUCUUGGUCGGGAAGACGAAAGCGUGAUACCUACCUCAACAAGUGGGCUCUGAAACAUUCUAUGGUGAACUUCAGAGGAAAGUACUACGAGUGGGGAAAUGACGAUGUGAUAUAUAGAGAUGGGGGCAUAGGAAGACAGGGAAGAUCCUACUGUUAUGGACAGAAGAGCUACGUAGGACGAAGCAGAUGUACCAAGGAACAAGCGGAUCGGCUCGGAGCAUGGUACAGCCGUAAUAAUGUCUACUGGUUUCUGUUUAAUAAUUGUCAUCACUACGCAGAGUGGUUGAUUAACAGGUUGGUUAAUAAUAGGUGCUGACUUG